GUAUUCAUAAAUCAGUGUAUAUUUUUAGUGAGUACUUUUGGUGUUUCUCUCCAAGAUCCGUAAAUACAUAUGAUAUGUAUUCCUAUUUUUCUUGCAUCGCUUAUUCUAAUUAUAUCAUAGACAUUUUGUAGAACUAUUAUCGUGAAAAUAACGAAGAAAAAAUUAAUAAAUAUUUAUAUAAAAGCAAAAUAGAGUUAUUUAAAACAGACCGAUAAAAACUUUUCAUAAAACCAAAUCUUUAUGAUACACUUGUCACUAUAUCUUUUAAAAUAAAUCCUAUCAUAAAAACCGAUAUGAUAGGCAAAUAAAGCGAGUAAGACAAAAGUCGCGUUCAAAAAAGAGUGAAAAUUAUAUUUAAUCCGGAAAUAUUGUUGAAAUAGAAUUAGCUUAUCUUCAUUUAAUUUUCUAUCUCACUUGCGUUCACAUUCUCUCUCUCUCUCUCUCUCUCUCUCUCUCUCUCCCUCCUUCUCUCUCUCUUCCCCCUCUCUCUCUCCCCCUUUCUCUUUCUCGCUUUCUCUCUCUUUCUCUCUUUCUCCUUUCCCUCCCACACUCUUCUCAUUGCUCUUUCACUGUAAUACCCGUAUGGAAAAUGUUAAGAAAACAACACGCAUGAAAGAAGACACUCAUUUAUAUACACGUACGUACAUCGGUCGUGUAUACGUGUAUAAGAGUUUAGUGAAGAGCGGAGUGGAGGGGAAGAACGAAUCGUGUAUUCCCACACGUGUGUGAAAAGCUUCGCAUUGCUCCGGCAACUCGCACACUGUGCGUUGACCUACUGUUUCGCUGUUCGAACACGUAUAUAUCUGUCUCUGUUCUGUGUAAACUACUGGCAAUUUUUCAAUAACCAAAUACCGGAAUAUCGAUAGAAAUCAGAGGAAUCGUUUGUUGAAUGACAUUGCAUGAAAAUUAUCGUAGAAAAUUAAAGGAAAACCGGUACGAGCUAUAGCCGAAGAGGAUAUAUUUUAUUCGGUAAAGAAGUUUCUUUGUUAGCACUGAUCAUCGCACUGAGGGGGAUACAUCGAAACAGAGGAAAUUCCUUUUUCUCGAAGGAAAAGUUAACCGUUUUAAACGGAAAAUCUUGUAUAAAAUGCACGCCACUUGUAAGUGCUUGAAUGUUUCUAUAAGAUCUAAGGGAAAUGAAUUAAAAAGACUUCCAAUCGACGAAAUUGAACUGACCGAUCACGAAAGGGCCGACGCUUUCUUUCGAGAGGAACUUGCAACAAUUAAAGAUUUGGAAGUUAUUACUAAAGAACAACAAGGUUUAGUGGAAAUAAGAAAUGUUGGAACUUGGAUUAUUCAUCGUUGUCUCAAUUGUUCAAUAUAUACUCAUGCCGUACAUAGGGAAUAUGGUGCUGCCUUAGUUCUCAUUAAUAUUAACAUGAUUACCUCAUCAGAAGAAAUAGAACGAUUGAAAUCUAAUAUUGAUUAUAGUAAUGUCUUCAGAAUAGUAAUUGAUCGAAGUACUUUUGAUGAUCUUGAUUAUUUGCAACCACCUAAUAAAUUUUCUGUAUCACAAUUAUUAAGUGCUACACAAGUGGCAUUGGGUUGUCUUCAUCAACAACUUGAAGAAGCUGUACAAAGGCAAGCUACAGAUGUUGAAGAAAAGAUACGUAAUUUUACUGCAGAACAGUAUCAAUUGUUAGAACAGUUUCGUGAGAAAGCACAUAAUGAAUAUCGGUUAUUGACAAGCUUAUUACUUAAUGGUGAAGAACUAAAAAGGCUGACUGAUAAUACAGAAACUCCACGGCAGACUUCUGAUGAUAUUAAAGAAAAUAUAACUUCAAGAACUAAUGCAAAAAAUAUAAAAUCACACAGAACAACGAAUGAUGCAGCAUAUGUUAUUCAAACUAAUAUUAAAUGUGAACCAACUGUAAUGUCUUCUAAUGUACACAUUAAUAAUAGUAUAGAAAAACAAGAUGUCUAUGCAAAAGAGCCAAACAGUUUUGACACAGAAGCUUUGUUUCCACUUGAAGGAAUGGAAGAUACAUCAACUCCUGAUCAUCUUCGAUCUUCGGAAGAAGAAUCAGAUACUGAUGAUUCGGGCCAAGAUGAAGGUAUUCAUAUGCAUAGAGGUCAAAGAGGUGGACAUCCUACAUUAGCCAAAUCCUUGCCUGUUAAUGUACCAACUUUUCCUGCGUUUAUUCGAAAAGCAAUUCCAGAUCAAGGUGAUGAUCAGCUAUCAAGGGAUCCACUUGAUCCACAUAAUAUUCGAGCUUCUAUUAAAGCAUUAGCUAAGAGUGUUCAUGGUGAUACAGUCUUUGGAGAUUUACCACGUCCACGAUUUUCUACUCAGAUCUGAUUUGCGAAGAAUUAAAAAAUAGAAAACGAAAAGAAAAAGAAAAAGAAACAAAAAAAAAACAAAAAAGUGGUAUUAUAUUGUCACAUACAAUUUAAAAAAAAUUCAUAUAUGAUUGAUAAUUAUUAUGUCAUACAGUACUCACUUAAUCUUUGCUUUCUUUUCAAUGAAUGUUAUACAGAAAUUAUGUAUAAAUUCGAAAUAUAAAACGAUAUUAGAUGUUCGGGAUAGCAUACUUCCUAUAUGUAUUAUGGAAAAAAUUAAUGACAUCUUGGAUUUCAAGAUAUGUUAGAUUAUUUAGAAAAUAUAUUAUUGUGAAAGUGUCUCCAAUUAAUGGAUAAAAAUAAUUGAAUAUAUGUUACGUAUUUCUAAGAUGAUUCGUAAAAUGGAUUACUAAAUCAUUGAGAUUAAAAAGGUGGAUUAAAGUGAAUUGAGAUUUUAUGAUACCACAAUAAAGUAAAUAUUACAAAUAUUAAUAGGAUAUUAUAUAGAAAAGUUAAAGAUUUUUGCAUUAUGAUUGCAUUAUUGAGUGUUAUAAUCAUGUUGAUGAAAGUAGACGUUUUUCUUACGGUAGUUUAAGAAAAAGAAUAUAUGGUCAGUUUUCUGUCAUUAAUUGAUGAAAGUGAAAUAAUUUCUAUUUGUAAUAUUCGAUCCAAGAAAGAAAUUUUUAUUUAACAAAAACAUUCUGUAUGUUUCGUAUAACGAUGUUAUAAAAAUCUAUUUUAGAAAUGAAACAAAGAUAUUAAAAUAAUAGAAAUUUAAUAAAGUAUUCCUUCCAUUAUGUUACAAAAACAAAUAAGAGAGGAAUGAAAAAAUCGAUAUCAACAUAUAUUACAUAAUUGAAUACAAAUUAUUUGAAUAGAAUGUUUCAAUAAAAUUAAUGAUAAAUGUUAAUUAAUAAUUGCUUGUGUAAGAUAAAAAAUAAUUACAAAUUAUUUUACUGAAAUUGCUAUAUUGUAAUAAGUAAUUCUAAAUACUGUAUGUGAGUAAAUUAAUAUAUAACUUGUGACUGAAAUUUUGUAAAAAUAUAGUGCAGAUUUUUUUACAUAUGUAAUGAACUAUAUAAAAUUUACGUAAAAAAAAUUAAUACAGCUUUUUAGACUUAUAUCAUAUAUACAUAUACAUACAGACUGUUCUUACAAACAAUAUUUUUUUAUUAAUUUUAUUAUGGUUUGAAAUUUAAUUUUUUACUAUGGAAAAAGAUGCUUUUUGUAAAAUAUAAAAACAUUUUAAUAGAAAAAUUUCACUUUGAUAAAACUGUAACUAACAAAUAAUAUAUGACCAUUAGAUAUCAUAGUUUCAUUGUUAAAAAUUAUUUACAAUUACAUUUAUUUGAUAAAUAACUGUAAUAUUGCUAUCAUAAUAUAGCAUGUAAAGCAUUCAUCUCAUUAAGAAAGCUUUAUUUCUUAUGAAGUUUUUCAAUAUGAUGUCUUUCAUUAAAUUUUAUAAACAUAUUUUUAUGAAUCAAUGAAAAUACUAAAUAGAAUGUGCACCUGUGGUGCCUCUUAAAUAAAUAGUUUGUUUAUAUUAAACAUAUUAUGAUUUAUACUAACUGCAAGAAUAUUUUGCAUUAAUAUUAUUAUUAAAAAAAAAAAACAAAUUUAAAAUAGAAAUAGAACUUAAAUUAGAAAAAUGCAGUUUGCUAGCAGGACAUAUAAAUUCGAACCUAUAAAACUAUAAAUUUUGAUAUAUGUACACAUAUUUUAUCUUUAUUAUUAUCAACAUCAAAUGUUUAUAUUUAAGUCAAUGCAAUGUGUCAUUCUUAUAAUAAUAUUAGUGCUAUUGACAUAGUUUAUACAGAUUAAAUACCAUAAAAUAUUAGAACUACUAAAUUCGUAAUUUUUAAAAUAUUUUGAUUACAUAACUUGCAAUGAAAAUUAUAUGCUGUUUUAUAGUGAACUUUAUGACAAAUAAGCACAUGUAAGUCAUUCCAAUGACAAACUGCAUUGUAUCAUUUGUACUGAACUUAAUUUAUAUCAAGGCAUUAAUAAUGGUAAAUGAUUACAUACAAAAUGAAAGCUCCUGUAGUGCCUUCGAAAAAUUAU